CCUAAAUCGUGCAGUUUUUCUCUCUGCACAUGAAGCUUUUUUCCGCCUUGUGGCUCCCCACCACCACCACCAACCAGCUCGAGUAACUUAACUCUCAGCAUAACCGCUGGGUUACUUGGUCACCAGAGCGUAGUAUCGAAAAUGGCCGACUCGAUUACCAUCAAGGCGCAGUGCCUGUGCAAGGAACACAUGUUCUCGGCAUCCUUGGCCAGAUCCGCCCUCCCGAUGAAAGCGGUAUGCUGCCAUUGCACCUCCUGUCGCCGCGUCACCGGGUCGCUGUACUCCAGCUGCGCGCCGUGGCCCAACCCUUCAGAAGACCUGUCGGGUCUCGACAAGUACUCGUACAGCAGGCACACCGACAUCUUCUUCUGCAGGAGCUGUUCCUCGAAGCUCUUCUGCCGCGUCGUCGUCUCUAGUCUGGGGCCGGCCGUCUACGUCGUGACCGGCGCGCUGGAGAACACGCCGGGUCUCGUCGAGUACAGCAGUCACAUGUUUGUCGGGGACACCGUCGACGGCGGCGCUUCUGUGUGGCUGCCGCCCGCCAAGAGAUGGAACGAGGGGCGCGGCAGCCAAGAGUUGUCGCUGGAGUCGUCGCCGGCGUCCAAGGGUUUAUUAUCGGCCUUGCCCCCCCGCGGGGCGAGAGCCUCUCCGUCCGUUACCCCCUUUCACUGCCAUUGCAGGGGCGUCCACCUCUCGCUCCGCAGCGCCGCCGAUCUCAAAGCGGAUCCGGCGGGAGUUUCAACGACAUCAUGCAUCAACCCGCAGUCGCUCAAGUUCAAGGCCAGCGCUGACUCGUGCGACUCGUGCCGCCUCACGUUCGGCUCAGAUGUGAAUGCCUGGGCUUUUGCUCCCCUAACCCACAUCGGCUUCGACCUGGCCGGCAACUCGUCCCCGGCUCUCCCCGAGUUCCCGCGAAGUCUCGCCGCGCUCAGGGAGGCGGUCACGGCAACCCAAAGCAGAGACGCCCGGCUGGGGACGCUGGCGGUCUACGACAGCUCCCCGGACGUCGAGCGGUACUUCUGCUCCAGGUGCGCCGCCAACGUCUUCUACGCCGUUCGUGACCGGGACGGCAUGGUGGACAUCGCGGUCGGGCUACUGCAUCACCCGAACGGCGCUCGUGCCGAAGGGCUGCUCGCGUGGUCUUACGGCAAGGUCGGAUGGGAUGUGGACGUGGCUGGAGGAUGGCGGGAGGAAAUCGUGACUUCGGUGAAAUCUCUUUCGAGUGAAUGGAUGACGCCAGUCCGGGAGGGACAACACAUAGGAUGAACGGUUGCUCGGGUCGUCUGUGCAGGCCGGUCAAGGAUGGCGGGUCUUGGCCAAGGAAACAAAACAAUUACAAUUAGCUUUUGCUGGGCUCCGAAUGAAACUUUCAACCUUCCAAUGUUUGCUUGUGGCUUUAGGAGUAGUACAUGUAGAAGAGGU